UUCUAGUAGGUCAUGUCACUUUUAUAGCAAUCACGUACUUGCAGGAAUGGACUGGGCGGUGGUGGUGGUAACUGUAAAGGUUCUGAUGUAGAAAUUGCAGAUGGAGAGCGGGGCUCUUUGGUUGGACCUGGAGACGAGCAGAAAGGCGCCGGGAGAAGAAGCUGUCAUAUUUGCUCAGAAGAACCGCCAAAUCAGAGAGCAGGGAAGAUUUCAUUGGAGGAGCGCCUUCAACAGCAACUAAUCCUGUCAUAUCGCAAGAAAAUUGUAAAUGUUGUCUCCAGAAAUUGUCCGCCCACUGCAGUUAAUCGAACAUACACACGAACACAGACCCACUCUCCUGCUGUACCAAAGGCGCCGGGUGCAGAGACCCACUCCAGCGAGCUCACGCGCUCGCGCACACACGUACACACACACACUCACACAGGCACACGCACACACGCCAGCCUGCGGGUUGGCCAGAGCCUUGAAACCGCAGAUCCCAUUAGGAAAUAGCCACAGGCGCCGAAGUAGGUGUUGCUUCUACACUAUUUACUACUUUCCCAAGCACUUCGGUGAAGAGAUGUAUUCCAUCCAGCUCUCCAGUCAAUCCAGAUCUCUGUUCUGUUUUGCUCUUCAGAUUCAUCGUCUUGGUGAAAACCAGAUCAAGGGAGAAAGCAAGCCGGCAGCUGGCUUCGGACUCUGAGCGGUGCGCAGCUUGCACAGGGGCAGGUCAGCCCCGAACCCGCGAAGGGCUCCUCGUUCCUGCCAGCCUGCACCAAGGAAAUCGCAGCCCCAAGAGGCAGCUGGAACCAAACCAUCAGCAGGUUUAAAUGUUUAUCUGGCUCGUUGACUACUGAUUAGAGGACACACAAUGAAUAACUCAACAAACUCCUCUGACAAUGACCAGGCUCUGGCCAGUCCUUAUAAGACAUUUGAAGUGGUGUUUAUUGUGCUUGUGGCUGGAUCCCUCAGUUUGGUGACAAUUAUAGGGAACAUACUGGUCAUGGUCUCCAUUAAAGUCAACCGCCACCUGCAGACCGUCAACAAUUACUUCCUGUUCAGCUUGGCCUGCGCUGACCUCAUCAUCGGUGUUUUCUCCAUGAACUUGUACACCCUCUACACUGUGAUUGGCUACUGGCCUUUGGGCCCUGUGGUGUGCGACCUGUGGCUGGCACUGGACUAUGUGGUCAGCAAUGCCUCCGUGAUGAACCUGCUCAUCAUCAGCUUUGACAGGUACUUCUGUGUCACGAAACCACUCACCUACCCUGUCAAGCGGACCACCAAAAUGGCAGGUAUGAUGAUUGCCGCUGCCUGGGUCCUGUCCUUCAUCCUCUGGGCUCCGGCCAUUCUCUUCUGGCAGUUCAUUGUAGGGGUGAGAACCGUAAAGGAUGGGGAAUGCUACAUUCAGUUUUUUUCCAACGCUGCUGUCACCUUUGGUACAGCCAUUGCGGCCUUCUAUCUGCCCGUGAUCAUCAUGACUGUGUUAUACUGGCACAUAUCCCGCGCCAGCAAGAGCAGGAUAAAGAAGGACAAGAAGGAGCCUGCGGCCAACCAAGACCCAGUUUCUCCAAGUCUCGUACAAGGCAGGAUAGUGAAACCAAACAACAACAACAUGCCUGGCAGUGACGAUGGCCUGGAGCACAACAAAAUUCAGAAUGGCAAAGCCCCCCGAGAUGCCGUGACCGAAAACUGUGUCCAGGGGGAAGAGAAAGAGAGCUCCAAUGAUUCCACCUCAGUCAGUGCUGUUGCCUCAAAUCUGAGAGAUGAUGAAAUCACCCAGGAUGAAAACACAGUUUCCACUUCCCUGGACUAUUCCAAAGAUGAGAACUCUAAGCAAACAUACAUCAAAAUUAUCACCAAGACCCCAAAAGGUGAUUCCUGUACUCCGACGAACACCACGGUGGAGCUGAUUGGUUCUUCAGGGCAGAACGGAGAUGAAAAACAAAACAUUGUAGCUCGCAAGAUUGUGAAGAUGACUAAGCAGCCUGCAAAGAAGAAGCCUCCACCUUCCCGGGAAAAGAAAGUGACCAGGACGAUCUUGGCUAUUCUGUUGGCAUUCAUCAUCACGUGGGCCCCAUAUAAUGUCAUGGUGCUUAUCAACACCUUCUGUGCACCCUGCAUCCCCAACACCGUGUGGACAAUUGGUUACUGGCUUUGUUACAUCAACAGUACUAUUAACCCUGCCUGCUAUGCACUUUGCAAUGCCACCUUCAAGAAGACUUUUAAACACCUUCUCCUGUGUCAUUACAAGAACAUAGGCGCUACAAGGUAAAGCAUCUUUGGGAAGAAGGAAGGUGGUCAAGAGGAGCUUAAGAAGAAGAAAAGGGGCGAAAGAGCUAGUUUUAAAAAUCUCUGCCAUUGCACUUUAUAGUCUUAUUAUGGAUGUGCAAUUAAGGAGCCCAGCAGGGACACUUUCAUUGCGCCUAAGCUCCAGCUUGAGACGCUUGCACCUUAUAAACCCUGUCAAUGUAGGAGCAGUGAGACCAUGAAAGUGACACACUGAAAUUGUGGAUGGAAGGAAUGACCUACGUUUUCUCAUCGUCUCUUGAAGAAGGGCUUCUGAGUCUACCGUUUUAUCAGUCUCUGCACAAGAAGAAGAACCUCGCUCCUUUCUCCACCCCCUUUUUUUUGGUUCCCAUGUGUUUAUGUAAGGAUGAAAGGCCACAGUUACAAGCUAACACGGAGACUUAAACAUAAAGAGACAUUAUACAAUGGGGAAAUGAAGAAAGAAAAUCAAAACAGAUGUAGAAAUGGUCUCCAGAGUGUUCAGCAUAUAUUAUUCUUUUGUUAUGGUUUCACUAGGAGGAUUGCAAUGCUUUUUUUUUUUUUAACCUCUCCAUUUACCCACCAUCAAAAAAAGCAAACAGACAAA